UAGCUGCUUUGUAUUUCAGUCCAGAAUUUUGAUCAGAAAGUAGUAACUGAGGACACUUAACCCAAAGUGCUCAGGUUGUGGCACGAAUGUCUUUGGAGCUUGCUGAAAUUACUGCGUGCUUUGCUUUGAAAACCUACCUUAAAGAAAUUCUGUAAAGAUUUGGUUGCCUGAUGAACAAAUCUGUAUUUGAUUCCUCUUUCAGUCUGGCUCUUUUGAUGCUUCCAGAGAUGAAAUUAAACUAUGUGAUAAUGCCUUUGUUUUUGUUCCAGUCCUAUAAAAUUUUCAUUCCCCCGAACGCGCUAACGAAGCUUUGACCUGACAUGUAUUGUGGCUAGGGGUUUGAUGGUUGUUUUCUUUUCUUGCCUUUCAGCUCUGCAGUGUAUGGAUGACUCCAAGCCAUGUGUUAAUGAGGGAAAGUGCAUUCCGUAUCAGAAUGGUACAGGAUAUUGCAAGUGUCGAGAAGGUUUUCUUGGAGACUACUGUCAGUACAGGAACCCCUGUGAGAGCAACACCUGCAAGAACGGGGGGACCUGUGAAGCUGCAUCCCUGAUAGGAAAACCAACGUGUAGGUGUGCUCCAGGAUUCACGGGGGAGGAGUGCCAGUACUCAGAAUCUCACCUCUGCUACGUGUCCCAGCCCUGCCUGAACGGAGGCACUUGUCACCCCCACGGCCAGGACACCUACGAGUGCGUCUGUCUUCCCGGUUUCACAGGAAAGGAAUGCCAGUGGAUUGAUGCCUGCACAUCUCAGCCUUGUGCCAAUGGAAGUACCUGCACGGUGUCUGGGAAUAAGUUCUCCUGCUCCUGCCUGGCUGGCUACACGGGUCAGAGGUGUGAGAUAGAUGUGAAUGAGUGUGGCACACCAGGGCUGUGCCAGCACGGUGGCACCUGUGUCAACCUGCCCGGCUCCUACCGCUGCCAGUGCCGGCCGGGCUACACCGGGCACCGCUGCGAGAGCGUCUACGUGCCCUGCUCGCCGUCCCCCUGCAUGAACGGGGGCACCUGCCACCAAACCAGCGACUUCACCUUCGAGUGCAACUGCCUGCCAGGUUUCGAGGGAAGCGUCUGUGGACACAACGUGGACGACUGCCCGAACCACAAGUGCCUGAACGGGGGCGUUUGUGUGGACGGGGUGAACACCUACAACUGCCGCUGCCCACCCCAGUGGACAGGCCAGUUUUGCACCGAGGACGUGGAUGAGUGCCAGCUCCAGCCCAAUGCCUGCCAGAACGGGGGCACCUGCACCAACCACAACGGGGGCUACGCCUGCGUCUGUGUCAACGGCUGGAGCGGCGACGACUGCAGCAAGAACAUCGACGACUGCUUCACUGCCUCCUGCGCCAAUGGCUCCACCUGCAUCGACAGGGUGGCUUCUUUCUCCUGCAUUUGUCCAGAGGGAAAGGCAGGUCUUCUGUGCCAUUUGGAUGACGCCUGUGUUAGCAAUCCGUGCCAGAAAGGUGCUCUGUGUGACACCAACCCCGUGAAUGGAAACUACAUCUGCACCUGUCCCCAGGGCCAUAAGGGAGCAGACUGCACUGAGGAUGUGGAUGAGUGUGCAAUGGCAAACAGCAAUCCGUGCGAACAUGCCGGGAAAUGCGUCAACACCGAGGGCUCUUUCCACUGCGAGUGUUUGAAGGGCUACACAGGACCUCGCUGUGAGAUGGACAUCAAUGAGUGCCACUCAAACCCCUGCCAGAACGAUGCCACCUGCCUGGAUAAAAUAGGAGGGUUCACCUGUCUCUGCAUGCCAGGUUUUAAAGGAGUUCACUGUGAAGAAGAUAUUGAUGAAUGUCUAAGCAAUCCCUGUGUGAACAAUGGAGUGUGUCUUGAUAAGGUCAACCGCUUCCUCUGUGUCUGUCCUCCUGGGUUCAGUGGUGCUGUGUGUCAGAUUGACAUAGACGACUGUUCCAGCACGCCGUGUCUCAACGGAGCCAAAUGCAUCGACCACCCCAAUGGCUACGAGUGCCAGUGUGCCACAGGUUUUACUGGCCUUCUGUGUGAGGAGAAUAUCAACAACUGUGACCCUGAUCCCUGCCACCACGGGGAGUGCCAGGAUGGCAUCGACUCCUACACGUGUGUGUGCAACCCUGGCUACAUGGGUGCCAUCUGCAGCGAGCAGAUUGACGAGUGCCACAGCAAUCCCUGCCUCCACCAAGGGCGCUGCAUCGACCUGGUCAAUGGCUACCAGUGCAACUGCUUGCUGGGCACCUCAGGAGUAAACUGUGAAAACAACUUUGACGACUGUGCCAGUAACCCUUGCAUCCAUGGGGACUGUAUUGAUGGCAUUAAUCGCUACAACUGUGCCUGCAAGCCUGGAUUUACAGGGCCCCGCUGUAACGCGGACAUCGACGAGUGCACGUCCAGCCCGUGCCACAACGGCGGCACCUGCGUCAACGAGGUGAACGGCUUCCGCUGCGUGUGCCCCGAGGGCUUCCACCAUCCCCACUGCCAGGCCCAGGCAGAUGGCUGCCUCAGCAACCCCUGUGUGCAUGGCAACUGCACACACACUGCCACUGGGUACAAGUGUGUCUGUGACCCAGGCUGGAUAGGAGAUUUCUGCUCAACAGAAGGGAAUGAAUGUAAAUCAAACCCAUGCCAGAAUGGAGGAACUUGUGAGGAUCUGCUGAAUGGAUACAGAUGUACCUGCAGGAAAGGAUUCAAAGGUGUGAACUGCCAGGUAGUGGUUUCUCCUUGUUCCCCUAAUCCUUGUGAGAACUCGGGAAUCUGCCAAGAAUCUCCUGACUCUGAAGGCUACACCUGCCAGUGUGCCCCUGGCUGGGAAGGGGAAAGAUGCACAGUGGAUAUUGAUGAGUGCCUCUCCAAGCCCUGCAAAAACCACGCUCUGUGCCACAACAUCCAGGGCAGUUACCUGUGCGAGUGCCGGCCUGGCUUCACCGGCGGGGACUGCGACAGCAACAUCGACGACUGCCUGGCCAAUCCCUGCCAGAACGGAGCCUCGUGCGUGGAUGGGAUAAACUCCUUCUCAUGCAUCUGCCUGCCUGGAUUUCAUGGGGAUAAAUGUCAGACAGACACCAACGAGUGCCUGAGUGAGCCCUGCAGGAAUGGGGGCACCUGCACCCACUUUGUCAACAGCUACACCUGCAAGUGCCCGCCGGGCUUCGAGGGCACCAACUGCGAGAGCAACAUCGACGAGUGCACCGAGAGCUCCUGUUUCAAUGGAGGCACUUGUGUGGAUGGGAUCAAUUCCUUCAGCUGCCAGUGCCCUCUGGGGUUCACAGGGCCCUUCUGCCUGACAGAAAUCAACGAGUGUGACUCCCAUCCUUGCCUCAACAGGGGCACCUGCGUGGACAGCCUGGGCACCUACAGGUGUCUGUGUCCCUUGGGAUACACUGGCAAGAACUGCAAGUCACUGGUGGAUCUGUGCAGCAAGUCUCCCUGUAAGAACAAAGGCACGUGUGUCCAGACUCUGGCCCAGACCCGGUGUGUGUGCCCGCCCGGCUGGACUGGCGCCUACUGCGACGUGCCCAGCGUCUCCUGCCAAGUGGCAGCUUCACAGAGAGGUAAACCAGCAUCCUCUGUGCUCUGGCUAAAAACAUUUCCCCAGGAGAAAAAAAACAUUUUCUCCUUCCCCCCUGCACCUGCCCCAGAGAGCUUUGUCUCUGGGUGGUUUGAUGGUGGUCACUUCUCAAGUGAAAAUACUCCCUGCAAGGGCGUGCUUGGGAGUCGAGGCUGUCUUGAUUCUCCCCAUCACAAAAUCGUCAGAAAGGGAGAGAAAUUAAAAAACCAAAACAACCAAGCCACUUUCAAUGCUGGAGGAUACCAAGAUUUGACCUGCUCUUUGCAGCAAUCAAACUGCUCUAACUCAAAUUUGCAGUGCCCUGUUAGGUGUCCCAUGGUCGAGUUGUGUGCUGAAGCAGCCCUUGAAACCACGUGGAGUUGUUCAGCUCCAAAAGCAGCCCUAACCUGCCCCAAGGAGGGCUCCCCUGUCCUUUCUGGGAUGCUGGCAGAGCACCCACCCUCAUUUCUGUGCCCACAGUGUGUGGCUGGAUACCAGGGUGUCAACUGUGAGUAUGAAGUGGAUGAGUGCCAGUUCCAGCCCUGCCAGAACGGGGGGACCUGCAUCGACCUCGUCAAUCGCUUCAAGUGCUCCUGCCCACCAGGAACUCGGGGCCGUCUGUGCGAGGAGAACGUGGAUGACUGCGCCGCCGAGUCGGGAGCUCCGCGCUGCUUCAACGGAGGGCAGUGCAUUGACCAGGUGGGGGGCUACAGCUGCCUCUGCCCCCAGGGCUUUGCAGGAGAGCGCUGUGAGGGGGACAUCAACGAGUGCCUCUCCAACCCCUGCAACCCUCGAGGGAGCCUGGACUGUGUCCAGCUGACAAACGAUUACAGGUGCAUCUGCCGCAGCGCUUUCACCGGCCGUCACUGUGAGAGUGUCAUCGACGUGUGUCCCCGGAAGCCGUGCCAGAACGGGGGGACCUGCGCUGUGGCCAGCAACAUGCCCGAUGGCUUCAUCUGCCAGUGUCCCCCGGGUUAUUCUGGAGCCAAAUGUGAGUUCAGCAGCCACAGUUCCUGUGGACAGGUGAAAUGCAAGAAGGGGGAGCAGUGCAUCCAAACAUCUUCUGGCCCACGGUGCUAUUGCCCCAAGCUGUCUGUGGGAGAGGAGUGCCAGACAAACCCAGGCUGUGCCAGUGGCCCCUGCCAGAAUGGGGGCAGCUGCCACCCUCAUUCUCAGCCUCCUUACUACUACUGCCAGUGCCCUGUUCACACCCAGGGCAGCCACUGUGAGCAGCCCGUGACUUUCAGCCCGGAGCCCCGAGGAUGUCUGGAUUCCCAGUGUGCAGAAAAAGCCAGGGAUGGCUAUUGUGAUGAAGACUGCAACACCCAUGCAUGCCAGUGGGAUGGAGGAGACUGCUCCCUGACAAUGGAGGAUCCUUGGGCCAACUGCUCCUCCUCCCUGCGCUGCUGGAUGCUGUUCAAUGGGCAGUGUGACGAGUUCUGCAACACGCCCGAGUGCCUGUUCGACAACUUCGAGUGUCAGCAAAAUAGCAGGACCUGCAAGUACGACAAGUACUGCGCGGAUCACUACGCGGACGGGCGCUGCGACCAGGGCUGCAACAGCGAGGAGUGCGGCUGGGACGGCCUGGACUGCGCCGGCGACAAAGCCGAGAAGCUGGCGGAGGGCACCCUCAUCAUCGUGGUCCUGAUGCCCCCUGACGAGCUGCUGGAGGAUGUCCGCAGCUUCCUGCGCACUCUGGGAACGCUCCUGCACACCAACCUCAGGAUCAAGCUGGACUCCCAGGGGAACCUCAUGGUGUUCCCCUACUACGGGGAGAAACCGGCGGCGCGGAGCCGCCGCUCGCUCGUGGUGGUUCGCAGGCACAGAGAGCUGGAGCAAGAGGUCAUUGGCACCAAGGUGUUCCUGGAGAUUGACAACCGGCAGUGUGCAGAGGACUCGGAGCAAUGCUUUCACAACACAGAAGCUGCUGCAGCUCUCUUGGCUGCUCAGGCCAUCAAGGGCAUGCUGCCCUAUCCUUUUGUGUCUGUGCAAAGUGAGCCCUUGUUACCACCAAAGACCCAGCUGCUUUACCUGCUUGCUGUGGCAGCUUUGAUCAUCCUGCUGAUCCUUCUGCUGGGUGUGAUGAUGGCCAAGCGCAAGCGCAAGCACGGUUCUCUGUGGCUGCCAGAGGGGUUCAUCCUGCGCAGGGAUCCCAGCAACCACAAACGCAGAGAGCCCGUGGGGGAAGAUGCUGUUGGACUCAAAAAUCUGUCAGUGCAGAUACCAGAGGGUAACCUGGCUGAUCCUGGGACAACUGAGCACUGGGCAGGUGAUGGUGGACCUCAGCCAAAGAGAGCAAAGGCUGAGGACCAGGCCCUGCUGCCAGAAGGGGACGAGCAGAUUGACCAGCGCCAGUGGACACAGCAGCACCUGGAGGCAGCAGAUGUCUGUGGGAGCACCUCCCUGGCCCUCACACCCCCCCAGGCUGACCAAGAAGUGGAUGUUCUGGAUGUCAAUGUCAGAGGGCCAGACGGCUGCACUCCGCUGAUGCUGGCAUCGCUGCGCGCGGGCGGCUCCGACAUCAGCGAGGACGACGAGGACGGGGAGGACUCCUCAGCAAACAUCAUCACAGACCUGAUCUACCAGGGGGCCAACCUGCAGGCACAGACAGACCGCACUGGGGAGAUGGCUCUGCACCUGGCAGCCCGCUACUCCAGAGCCGACGCUGCCAAGCGGCUCCUGGACGCCGGGGCCGACGCCAACGCUCGCGACAACAUGGGCCGCACCCCUCUGCACGCAGCCGUGGCUGCUGACGCCCAGGGAGUCUUCCAGAUCCUGAUCCGUAACAGAGUGACAGAUUUGGAUGCUCGGAUGAACGACGGGACGACCCCGUUAAUUCUGGCUGCACGUCUGGCUGUGGAGGGGAUGGUGGCCGAGCUCAUUAACUGCCAGGCUGAUGUCAACGCUGUGGAUGACCAUGGUAAAUCUGCUCUUCACUGGGCUGCUGCUGUCAACAAUGUGGAAGCAACACUAGUACUGCUGAAAAAUGGAGCCAACAGAGACAUGCAGGAUAACAAGGAGGAGACUCCACUCUUCCUCGCUGCUCGGGAAGGCAGUUUCGAAGCAGCAAAAAUCUUGCUGGACCAUUUUGCCAACCGAGACAUCACGGACCACAUGGACCGGCUGCCGCGGGACGUGGCCCAGGACCGCAUGCACCACGACAUCGUGCAGCUCCUCAACGAGUACAACGUGGCCCACAGCCCCGCCGGCCACCCCGGGGCCAUGCUGAACUCUGCCCUCUCCCCAGUCAUCUGUGGCCCCAACAGGUCCUUCCUCAACCUGAAACACACUUCGCUGAGCAAGAAGUCGCGGAAACCGAACGCCAAAGGCAUGCCCGCCGGCCUCACCAAAGACGCAAAGAGGAGAAGGAAGAAGUCCCUCAGCGAGGGCAAGGGGCAGUUUUCGGAGAGCUCAGUCACCCUGUCACCGGUGGAUUCCCUGGAGUCUCCCCACGCUUUUGCCUCUGAACCGACCUCUUCCCCCGUGAUGCCGUCGCCGGGGGUGCUGCACUCGUCGCCCAGCUCUCUGCUGGCCGCUCCGGCGGUGCAGGCCGCGCACACCAUGUCCUUCUCCAACCUGCACGAGAUGCAGCCCCUGGGACGUGGCUCGGGCACGGUGCUGCCGUCCGUCAGCCAGCUGCUGUCGCAGCACAGAACCACCCCUCCCAGCAGCGGGCUCGGCAGGCUGCGGCCGGGCAGCGUCUCCAGCGAGUGGAUGAACCGCAUGGAGGUGAACGAGUCCCAGUACAACGAGAUGUUCGGCAUGGUGCCCCAGGUGAUGCAUUCCCACCCCGGCGUCUCGCAGCAGAGCGGCUUGGUGCAAGCAGAGGCCAAGCACCUGGGGGUGUCCCGGGAGUCUUUGCCCCCCAUCAUGACUUUCCAGCUGGUUCCCAAGGGCGGCAUAAACCAGCAAGCGCUGCCGCAGCAGGCCCAGUCAAACUGCGCUCAGAACAUGGCCGGCCCCCUUAGCUCCAUGUACCAGAUCCCAGAUCUGGCCCAGCUGCCCAGCGCCUCGUUCUCCAUGGCUGCCAUCCCUCAGCAGGACGGGCAGGUGGCUCAGACGGUCCUCCCGGCCUACCACCAGUUCCAGAGCUCGAUGGGGAAGUACCCCACGCCUCCCUCCCAGCACAGCUGCUACUCCUCGGCCACAGAACGGACUCCUAGCCACAACCGGCACUUACAAGGGGAGCACCCGUACCUGACUCCAUCGCCCGAAUCUCCGGACCAGUGGUCGAGCUCUUCCCCGCACUCUGCCUCCGACUGGUCUGACGUGGCGACCAGUCCCGGCAGCAGCCAGCGCGGGCCGGCGGCCGCCCACAUGCCGGAGCAGCAGCGGAACAACAUGCAGGUGUACGCCUGAAGGCUGCCCACGCUGCAGCCCGCCUAAAGCGGACUCCAGAACUCAUGAAGGUCUUCCAGGAUGGAAAUGAAGAACCAUUUUAGUAUCCAAGAGUCUUAAUGAGCCCAGGAUGUUCUUUCGUUGGAGGGACUGUGGUCGCUGUAGACUUUGUGUGCUUUUAUGCUAAAAGGAGAACUGUGGAAGCUGGUGAUGGAGAAGACCAGCUGGGUCACUUCUGACCAACUCCCACGCACCUUGGACGUGACUGCUGUCUGCACUGGAGUCUCCAGUCUGCUUUUAAACACGUUCCACCGUUGCUUUGGGGAGACAACUCUUCAGCUUCACACAUCUUGUGGUCAUUUCUCCAGAAAUUUAGCCAAAACCAGCUUUUGUAUCCUUAUUUUGUUACUCCUCCUGUUACCCACGUAACCUCUCUCUGAAGCACCUUCUACUAGUUCUCCUCGAGUUCAAGUUGCCUUGUCUUGACACAGCUCAGAGCUGCACCCACAUUCCCAGCCCCGCUCCUUCCCUGGUCCGCUCUUGCUCAGCAAGCGAGCCGGACCUCCCGAAACACCUGCAGGUCAAGUGACGCCUCCUGUCACGCAGCUUCAGCCUCUCCUCUUCAGGAGUCUUCGUCUUGUAGAGACCCACUAACACCCCUUAGCGUUCUCACUGCCUGCUCCCCGGGUAUUACGAGAUUAUAUAUACAUAAUAGUCUUUUUAGGUUGUUUGUUUUGUUAUUUUCCCUCCUGAAAACGCUGGUCUGACCUGGUCUUCCCGCCCGUGGGCCCAUCUCUUCCCCGAGACACCCGUGACCGGUGUGACACACACUACCCUCCCCGUGCCCCUGUCCUGCCAGGGGUGUCCAUGCCCGCCUUGGUGGGCUCCCGUGCCAGAAGAGAUGCACUGCAACCGAUCCAGGCCUUUUGGGACGAGCACGAGUCUUUCCAAAACUCCCAAUGCAAGCUCCCAGCGUUCUUGCACAGUAAUCCCCUCCCCUCCAUCCAAGGGUGGCUGUGUGUCCUGUCCUCCAGAUGCCAUAUGCUGCCUCUUUAUGGUGUCAUCAACAAGUGUCAAACACGCGGUUACGUGUUUGUGGAGUGUGUCCUCCUGCGUCAGGAACGACAUCCAGCCCUUUGAAAAGCGUCCCUUGUGCCGCAGCCCCGGGGCAGAGCUGCCUCGUCCUCCCCUCCCGGCAGCCAGAGCAGCUCAGAAACCAUUGCCUGCCGCAGUUUGGUGCACAGGUUUGGGGCUGUCCUCUGCUCUCAGCUUCGGCCCCACUGCACCUUUCCCAGCCGAGCUGCCCCACGUGCUCCGUGGGACUGCAGGGCCGCGCGGCCGCCCCGCUCGUUUUGGGGUUGUGGAAGCCGGCUGUCGCUGACCUGAGGCAAACAGCCGCUCUUUCCACGAGAUGUUGUUCUCUGAAGGGCUCCAGACCGGCCAGCAGCCCAAGUGAACAUUGGUGGGGAUGGUUUGGAAUGCUGCAGACACGUCUUCCAAAGAGCUCGGGGCUGCCGGCUGCUGCCAAAGGACUGAAGGCCGCUCCCCUCCGAGCCGGCCAUCCCACACCCUACCGUGUACAGUAUUGUCUCUGCUGUUUCUUUCCAUUCUAAUCAAGACUCAAAGUUGCUUUUCUUUUUUUUUUUUCCUUGGUUUUUAUUUUCCCUCCCCCCCAAUUCCACUCAAUGGUACAUGAAGGCAGGGCCUCAAGAGGAGCUGGGGCCGUCGUUUCGGGCUGAAGUUUUGAAUUCUGUGUGAAAUUAUCGCUUCUCACGCAGCGCUGGCCCCUGAAGCUCAGCUGCAGCUGACUCAGACCUCCAGGGGGGUCUGUCCAGGUACACGUUUCACUGCAAAUAAUGAAGUGUUGCUACAUCAAUGCUAAAGAAACAAAGGGCUUUUGCUCCCUAGCUCCAAAUAACCAAGUGCCUUUUUAUAUAUGUGGCUACCUUUGACAAGAUGAGUGCUUUCUGUGGAAUGAAGCCGGUUCUGUGCCUGGCCUUGUUAAUACGAUGGCCCUCUGCCUUUCUUCUCUUAUUUUUUUUUUUUUUAACUACUUGUAAAGAUAAUAUCUCCUUAAGGUGGUAUUUUAUCUCGUAAGUUUGUAGAGUAACCAUUCACACAGCAGCAUUUUCCUAUAUUAAUAAUGGAAAAUAUUUGCUUAUUUUUACAUUUUUUAUAAAAGUCUUUUAUGAAAAUAGUUGCUGCCAAAUGUAUAAGCAAUUUUUAUCCCCAGAAUAAAAAGUAUGUGCCCAGUG